AGGAAGGAACAGAGAAAAGGAGGGAGGAAGGAAAGAAAGAAGGAAGGAAGGAAGGAAGGAAGGAACAGAGGAAGGAAGGAAAAAAGAGAGGAGAGGAGCUUGCUUGCCUGAGCAAAUCGCCUCAGCUUCACUGGAAGCCUUCGGCAUUAACCCCUCGAGGGAAAGCAGAGGAGGGGGUGGCUGUGUUAAUACAUAAGAGCACUGCAUCACGCUAAUCUUCUCCCCAGAACAGUAUGCGUCAGCAGUACAUUCACGUUCUGACUGAAGGACAAAAGGAUGAGAGAGCAGUCUGCGUGGCUGCUGCCUGCAACACCUCCAGCCCAGCGAGAGGAGACGGUGGGAGGAGAGAGCAGGGGGCCCGCUACCACCGCUCCUAGGAAGAGGGGAAGAUGCUCCCCGGGAUGGGCGCUCCUGACACAUUCUCGACCACCGCCGCCGCCACCGCCGCCGCCUCUGGUGCUGCUGCUUCUAUCGCUGCUGCAGUCAGUGGACAACAAAGGCACUGAAGGCAACAAAAGGCAAACCCCACAACUCGCUACCUCAACACAAAGGGAGAGCCAGCUCCGAUCUGGGGACCCUGGGAGGAGGAGAGAGCUGGCCGAUACCUGGGAGUUGCUACUGCUGCUGCUGCUGCUGCCACUGCUGGACCCGUUUUGGCACCGAGGGCUCACUGGAGGAGCUCACGGAAAGCCUCCUACCAUCUUUGGCUCUCUAUUCCCCUCUUGGGGGGACUGGGUUUGGCCCCAGCAACCUCUCCACACUGCCGGCCCUCCUCAGAGGGCUGGCCGGAUUACUGUUCGCGGCUGGAGAGGAAGGCUGAUACUAAUGCAUCUACCGGCUAGAAGGCUAAGCUAGUUCCUCCCUGCCCCUCUUCCUCCUCUUAAGAGAGAGAAUAAAAAGGGGGUGUGUAUCUGGGGAGGGAGAAGCAGAAAGAAACCACAUACAUUGCCUUCCCCUCCCCUUCUUCCCCAACCCAAAGAGCACUCCAUGAGCUAACAACUGCAAUCAGCUGCCGUUGGCCCAAGAGAGGUGCUCCGUGGGUGAGAAGCGUGCGGCUCCCCGAAGAGGAGGUUCACAAAGGGAAGUGGGAGUAUCAGCAGGAAGGAGUGUCUCCUAGGAAGCUUUGGGUUUUUUCCCUCUUUCUAUUUUCUUUGGGUGGCAACAGAAGGGGGCACAGUUGGGGGGGGGGCAGAGGAACACUUUGGCAAUGAAGCUUCUUCACUGGCUGCUUGUGAGAGCUGGCGCCAGGGUCCAAGGACAAAGCUGGGAAGUGCUGGUGGCGCUGCUCUCUGGGGCGCAGGGGGGGGAUGCACCUGCAUAGCCCAGAGGGCUUCAUCUUUUUCUGGUUCUACUCAAUUCUGCUGCUUCGCCUGCUCCUGCUCUGGAUUUACUAGAAGCCAUUUUGUCUCCCCCACCCCUUUUUCCCCCUUUACCCCCCCAACCCUAUCCCUACUCCUUUCCCCCUUCCCUUUGUUAAUUAAAACUAAGGAGUGAGAAUGGGAACAAUGUACCCAGCUCCUGUGGUGAAAGCCUAAGGACUCGACGCCAAUUCCUUCUGAGAUGGAAAGAGGAGCUCCUAGCUCACUUAAGCCGGGGUAGGGCCGGUUUUCCUUUCCGAGCCAAAAUCCCAGGCGAUGGUGAAUUAUGAACGUGCCACAUCAUGAAGCUCUUGUGGCAGGUAACUGUGUACCACACCUGGAAUGCCAUCCUGCUCCCCAUCGUCUACCUCACAGCGCAAGUGUGGAUUCUGUGUGUAGCCAUUGCCGCCGCCGCCGCCGCUGCUGCCGCCUCCGCCGGGCCCCAGAACUGCCCCUCCGUCUGUUCGUGCAGUAACCAGUUCAGUAAGGUGGUGUGCACGCGGCGUGGCCUGUCUGAGGUCCCCCAGGGCAUUCCUUCUAACACCCGGUACCUCAACCUCAUGGAAAAUAACAUCCAGAUGAUCCAGGCUGACACCUUCCGGCACCUUCAUCACCUGGAGGUCCUGCAGUUAGGCAGGAACUCCAUCCGGCAAAUUGAGGUGGGGGCUUUCAAUGGCCUGGCCAGCCUCAACACCCUGGAGCUCUUUGACAAUUGGCUGACUGUCAUCCCUAGUGGGGCCUUUGAGUAUUUGUCUAAGCUUCGGGAGCUCUGGCUUCGAAAUAAUCCCAUUGAGAGUAUCCCCUCUUAUGCCUUUAACCGGGUGCCCUCCCUCAUGCGCCUGGAUUUGGGGGAACUUAAGAAGCUGGAAUAUAUCUCUGAGGGGGCUUUUGAGGGACUGUUCAACCUCAAGUACUUGAACUUGGGCAUGUGCAACAUCAAGGACAUGCCUAACCUCACACCCUUAGUGGGACUGGAGGAGCUGGAGAUGUCUGGGAACCAUUUCCCCGAGAUCAGGCCCGGCUCCUUCCGUGGCCUGAGCUCCCUUAAGAAGUUGUGGGUCAUGAACUCCCAGGUCAGCCUGAUUGAACGGAAUGCGUUUGACGGGCUGGCCUCACUAGUAGAACUCAACCUGGCCCACAACAACCUCUCCUCCUUGCCCCACGACCUGUUCACCCCGCUGAGGUACCUGGUGGAGCUGCACUUACACCACAACCCUUGGAACUGUGAUUGUGACAUUCUGUGGCUAGCUUGGUGGUUGCGAGAGUACAUCCCUACCAACUCCACUUGCUGUGGCCGCUGCCAUGCCCCCCUGCACAUGCGCGGCCGCUACCUUGUGGAGGUCGACCAGGCUUCCUUCCAGUGUUCUGCUCCCUUCAUCAUGGAUGCGCCCCGGGACCUCAACAUUUCCGAGGGUCGGAUGGCAGAACUCAAGUGUCGGACUCCCCCCAUGUCCUCUGUGCGGUGGCUGCUGCCCAAUGGGACGGUGCUCAGCCACGCCUCCCACCACCCACGGAUUUCUGUCCUCAAUGACGGCACUCUGAACUUCUCUCACGUGCUGCUCACAGACACAGGGGUGUACACUUGCAUGGUGACCAACGUGGCGGGCAACUCCAACGCCUCGGCCUACCUCAACGUGAGCACGGCCGAGCUCAACACCUCCAACUACAGCUUCUUCACCACAGUCACGGUGGAGACCACAGAGAUCUCUCCCGAGGACACUACCCGCAAGUACAAGCCUGUGCCCACCACCUCCACCGGCUACCAGCCAGCUUACACCACCUCCACCACAGUGCUCAUCCAGACCACCCGUGUGCCCAAAGUGGCCGUGACCACGGCGGACACCAACGACAAGAUGCAGACCAGCCUGGAUGAGGUCAUGAAGACCACCAAGAUCAUCAUUGGCUGUUUUGUGGCAGUCACUCUGCUGGCUGCUGCCAUGUUGAUCGUCUUCUAUAAACUUCGUAAGAGGCACCAGCAGCGCAGUACAGUAUCGGCCGCCCGGACAGUUGAGAUUAUCCAAGUAGAUGAAGACAUCCCAGCAACCACAGCAGCAGCGGCUUCAUCCAGUGUAUCAGGUGAGGGGGCAGUAGUGCUGCCCACAAUUCAUGACCAUAUUAACUACAACACCUACAAACCAGCACAUGGGGCCCACUGGACAGAAAACAGCCUGGGGAACUCUCUGCACCCCACAGUCACCACUAUCUCUGAACCUUAUAUAAUUCAGACUCACACCAAGGACAAGGUACAGGAAACUCAAAUAUGACUUUCCCUACCCCCCAAAAAAUUAUAAAAUGCAAUAGAAUGCACAAAAAAAGACAGCAACUUUUGUACAGAGUGGGGAAAGACUUUUUUUUUUCUUGUAUAUGCUUAUAUAUUAAAUCUAUGGGCUGAUAAGAGAAAGAUUAUAUUAAAAUUUAAAAACAGAAACAAAAUCAAAACAAAAACUAUUUUUUAACUUGUAAGUUCUAUUUAAAGGGGAAUGGGGAAAGGGAAUUUUGGGAAUGUUUGUGUGUGUGGGGUAGGAGACAGAAAAAAAAAAAUGACUUGUUAUCCUGCUAGAGGGCUUUCUGGAAUAAGGUUGAAUCUGUUUAAAAAAAAAAAAUAAAACACAAUCUCUGAAGAGGUAGGGUAAGGGGGUGGGAAGGAUGGACUAAUCCUGUCAUUUUUAGAAGAUGCUUCAUAGGAUGCAGUAAAUAUCCAUUUCUACAGACAUCUUUCUUAAUUCCCGAGAGCUGUCUUUGCAGGUUUAUAUUAAAAAGAAAAAGAAAAAGAAAAAAAAAAAA